CGCUGUUUUUUGUCCCCUUUCAGACUGUUUUGGUCUUUUCGCUGUUAGCAACGGAAAUAACCUGAGAUAGCUGUAAACCCUAUUUUGAGAUAAUCGAAUUUUUUUGUUAGGAUUACAUAGCAAAUUGACAAGAGGUGUAACACCCAUGUUUAUUUUGGAAGAGUGAUUUGUGCGUGUUGUCUUUUUUAAAUAUUGCUUUUUUCCGUUUUAAUAGGAAUUGUACAGAUUGCUAAUUUAGCUAGCAACUGUUAGCCAGCUAGCUUCUUAGCAUAGCAUCUUCGUAAAGAGGCACGUUGACAUUAGCCUGCUAGCUAACCAGAUUUUAGGAUUGCUAACAUUUAACGUUAGCGAGCUGUCACACAAACAUACACCGUCUCAUCGUCAAGAAAUUGCGGUGUGAAGCUGGUCGUUUUAAGACGCUGUCUUUUAUGGGAUCACAAUGUCAAUGAAGGCCGGUGGAAAUCGCAGCAAGCCCGGCGGUGGCAACACCGCUGGUGCCGCCGCCUCCGGUGCCGGAGGAAGCGGCGGGGGAAGACAAAAUCUGGGCAGGGGAAGACACAGUGGUAAAGGUCCCGCAGCAGUCAUUUUCAAUGGUGUAUAUGCAAAUAUGAGGAUGGUCCAUGUCUUGACUUCAGUGGUGGGCACCAAGUGUGAGCUGAAAGUGAAAAACGGAGCAGUCUAUGAAGGAGUAUUUAAGACGUACGGUCCAGAGUGUGACCUGGUGUUGGAUGCAGCCCACAGAAAGAGCCCAGAGCCGAGCAUAGCCCCCAGGAAACAGGAUAUUGUGGAGAGCAUCAUUUUCAAGGCCUCCGAUGUCGUAGUGGUGACCUUCAAAGAUGUGGACCUGAAUUUCGCCAGGAAAGUCUCCUCUGAUACAGACAACUUCACAGAUGCAGCAGUGAGCAGUAGGAUCAAUGGUGAGCAUAAAGAGAAAGAUCUAGAGCCCUGGGAUGGAGGAGAGACCCACAACUCUGACAGCCUUGAGUCUCUGGAUACAGAUGUGGCCUUUUGUGAAAUUGUCUCUGUCUCUUCAUAUCAGUCAAACGGGUGGGACCCCAAUGACAUGUUCAAAUACAAUGAGGAGAAGUAUGGAGUCUUGUCUACAUAUGACAGCAGCCUGUCCACAUAUACGGUCCCCCUGGAGCGGGACAACUCAGAAGAGUUCCUCAAGAGGGAAGCGCGUGCUGCCCAGCUGGCAGAGGAGAUUGAGGCCAGUGCCACAUACAAGGCCCGUGUGGCCCUGGAGAACGAUGAACGCUCUGAGGAGGAGAAAUAUACUGCUGUGGUGCGAGGAGAAAGGGAGACUCACACACUCAGCAGAGAGAACAAGUACAUUCCUCCAGGUCAGAGGAACAGGGAAGCGAUGUCAUGGGGACCAGGGCGUCAGAAUUCCCCUCGUCUUGCUCAGAGCUCAGCUGGACCCCCAGCUCCGCGACCGGGACCUCACGACUACAGUCCCAGCUCUGGGGCCGACCAGAGAGUGGUUAACGGAGGUUCAUCCCAUUGGCCCUCACCCUGUCCAUCUCCUUCCUCCCGCCCCCCCUCUCGUUACCAGUCUGGCCCCUCCUCCCUGCCUCCUCGGGCGACCACGCCCACAAGGCCACCCUCCAGACCCCCCUCUCGACCUUCCAGGCCUCCCUCUCAUUCAUCCCACCCCUCCUAUCCCUCCUCCUCAUCCUCAUUUUCCCACCAUGGGCCCACAUCGCCAGCCUCCACUCUGCCCAAACGCAUGUCUUCAGAAGCAUCACUGUUGGCCAGAAGUGGGAUCUCUUGUACCUGUAAUGACAACCUAACGCUAUUGCAGCAAGGUCCACCCAGGAUGUCUCCAAAAUCCCAGCGGACGCCUCGUGCUCACAGAGUGCCACCCUGCCGGACCACUGGAGUCCCUCCAGGAGUGGACUUAAUUUCCCACAGUGGCCCUGGAGAGGUCCCAGUGACUCCACCAACCAGGAGCAACUCCUCUGGAGGGACAUGGUCCUCGGUGGUUAGCGGAGCUCACAGACCUCGCUCCCCCAGACAGAAUAGUAUGGGUGGAGCCUCCCCUGGCCCCUCCUCCCUCCCGUCACCCCAGACAGGAACAGCUCCUGUGGAAACUGCUGCUACACCAACAUCAGCUUCCUCUCCUACUGCUGCUAGCCCCACCCCCAACAUGGUCGCCUCUCCAUCAGGAGAUGCAAAAGAGUGUCGUGUCCAGGAGACGAGACAAACAUCCCCCACGGCAAACAAGGAGAACAUCAAGCCCUUGGACAGCUCACCUAGUAUCACCAGACCAGUCUGUAAAGGACCCCCUUCUAUGGCACCAGACCACAGAAAACAAAUAGAUAAUUUAAAGAAAUUUAGUGUAGAUUUUAGGUUGCAGUCUAGUUCAAACUCAGACCCUGCCUUUGACCAGAUGAUGACCAAGUCUCCCAGAGAUCCAGCAGACAAACCUAAAGACCUGGACAAAGCCUCCACAGUGGGGCGGGAGGGCACCGAAGAGGGUGUUGUAGGGAUUGCUGCUGGUGGUGCUCCUGCUUCAUCCACCACCACCACAAACACCAGUAAGCCUGGCAGCCCGGCUGCACUAUCCCCAUCUCCUUCAGCCCCGGACCAGAAGAGGGCGGGGCUAGAUGUGACAUCACAGGGAGUUCAGACGACGUCCACAUUCAGUGGAGCCAAGCAUGAAGAGAAGGAGGAGAAAAAGGAGGCAGUGCAAGAUCAAGUGAGAAAAUCAACCCUGAACCCAAAUGCCAAUGAGUUCAAACCCAGGUUCAAUACGCAGCCCAAACCAGCCAACACCCCAACCCCUCCCCGGCCUCAGGGCCAGCCCAGCCCCUCCAUCGUAGUCCAGCAGCCCCCGACUGUGUACGGCCAGACAGUCUGCUUCCCCCAGAUGUAUCCCCUCACACCAGUCAGCCCUGGAGUGCAGAAAAGCAUAAUAUGGAAGUCUCCAGCUAUGUACCAGGUUCAGAUGCCUCAUAUGACAGUCAGCCAGUCUAAACCCUACAGACCAGGUAAAGUACCCAACAUGCCCCAGCAGAGGUCAGACCAGCACCACCCGCAAGGCACGCCCACUAUGAUGCACCAAGCAACAGCAGCAGGACCACCUAUUGUAGCACAGAGCCCCGCCUACUCUGCCCAGUACUUCACCUGCAGCCCGCAGCAGUUCACCAGUCAGCCGCUGGUCCAGCAGAUGACACAUUAUCAAUCACAGGCGCAGCAUGUAUUCAGUCCGGUAAUGCAGGGCAGUGCCAGGAUGAUGGCACCUCCCACGCAUGGCCAGCCCAGCCUUGUCUCUUCCUCAACUACACAGUACCCUGAGCAGACACACACCAUGUAUGGUACGACAACCUACCACUUGUUGUCUCCAGGGCCAAUGCCUCAGCAGUACCCCCACCCCAGCGCCACCUUGCACCCUCACCCACAGCACCCCCAGCCCUCUGCUACACCUACAGGCCAAGCCCAGCAGGGUGGUCCACCACAACAUGGAGGUCCUCCUAGCCACCCAGCUGCCAGCCCAGUCCAGCACCCACAGCACCAGCAGGCAGCAGCAGCAGCAGCAGCAGCCCAGGCCCUCCACAUGGCCAACCAGGCACCGCAGCAGCAGAUGUACUCGGCCUUGGCCCACACGCCCCCCUCCAUGACCCCGGGGCCCAACCCUCAGUCUCCCCAGGCGUCGUUCCCCUCUGCCCAGCAGACGGUCUAUAUUCACCCACAGCAGGUGCAGCACGGCUACAACCACAACCACAUGGCACACGUGCAGCAGGCCCAUAUGCAGUCCGGUAUGGUGCCGUCUCACCACCCGGCGCCCACCCACCCCACAAUGAUGCUGAUGGCUACCCAGGGUCCAGGUGGUCCGCAGCCACAAAUGCCCCAGACUGCCCUCAACCCCAUACCCGUUUCCUCUACCACACAUUUCUCCUACCUGGCACAUCCACAAGUGCAACCUCACCAUCAGCAGCAGCUGUAGAUAGAGGGCGCCAGCGAGCUGAGGGACCCGCUCUGCGCCGCGCUUCUCAACCAGAGCCUUCAUAACCAGGCGAUGAAGAGAAUGAGAGCCCUCCCUCUCCUCUCUUUCCUCAUCCUCACCAGACAUGCUUCACAUCAGCUUUUCUCUUCCCUCCCCUCCCCUCCCAGACUAGGCAAUAAGAGAAUGUUAACAGGUUGAUGCAGUGACGUGUUUUAACGAGCUAGAGAGUUUUAACAGACAAGACUGCUCCUAUUCAGCCCCUGUUUACACGCAGAUAUCUCCAAACACACACACACACACACACACACAAACAAGACAUACACACACUUUCAGGGGUCCCAAAUUGCAAUUUGAGUCAGCUUGCCAAGUAAAGAUGUGAAAGAGAGAAUGAGAGUAACUAAUCAGUGAGAGUGAAGAAGAAAAUUCAACUGGAACUUGUUUUUUGUCUGCACCUUGUUAUGGAAAAAAAAAAAAUCUUCCAACCUUUAGACAGUAUUAAUCUUACUGUUUAUUGCUGCUGCUAUCUGCUGCGUUUGUUUCCAGACUACAUGAAAGGUUUCUAACCAAACUAAAAAUGAAACAUGACAAAAAGCUUCCUGUGAAAUAAACACAUUUUGGCAGCCAAGAGGACAGGAGAAACGUUAUUUAUGAAAUUAUAAUGGCUGUGGUGAUCAGAUCCCACUUCUCACCUGACCCUUAUGUAACUUUUAAGUUAAAACUUUUACUUUGUAGAUAAUAUAAAUAAUUUAAAAAAUGAGCAAAAAAAUUUAAAAACAAUAAAAAAGUUUUAAAAACUGAA